AUGGACACCCGAACAGGGUUACAAUCCAUUACCUCUCCGGAAGGGCAGGUGCGCAGCGCAGCAGGGAUGGCCACCCGCGAAGCCAUCAAGGUCACUCCCCUCGGCGAGACCACUGGUGUACCUGAUCUGUGCGCUGUUGGGAACCUGCCCACGCCUCCCGGGGCCUCUAGUGUACUGGCCAACCACAAGUCCCCGUGCUGCGACUUUAUCAAAAGAGAGUGA